UCUUCUUCUUUCUCCCCCUAAUCUUCUGGUCUGUUAGCAGUUUUAGGAGCAAAGUACGGAAACAGAGUAAAAAGUGUGGAACCUCUACGUUCAAACCCAACCAAUAGAGAGAGAAAGAAAGAGAGAGGGGGAAAAAAAGAAUUGGAAGCAACUGCAACUUUGCAUUUCCAUGCCAAUCCUUCCAUUUUCAAAAUCUGAGGUAUCCAAAACAAAGGAAUGAAAAUCCAUAUGGUUCUUGUUGAAGCUUCUUCUGUGAGUGUCUUUUCGUUUCUUCACUUUCUGGGUCGGUUUCAGAAUAUCUACUUUUGGGGACAUUGAAGAAGAAACAGAGAGAGGGAAAAAACAGGGGAGGCCUCUGAGAUUGUGUUCGAUUUUUGGGUGUUUUUAUUUCUUCUUGUUUAAAUAUCAUCUGUGAGUGAAUAUGCAGGAAGAAUGUGGGGGAGGGAAUGAAAUAGAGGAAGAGCGAGAAGAAUGAGCAAAGAACUGGGUUGCAUUGUAAGGGCCUGGGAAUUUACCUUUCGAAAAUCACACACCCGCGUAAAGAAGAAAACAAAAAGCAUUUUCACAACAAUGUCUGUGGCGCCAACGGACGAUGAACCUGAACCCGCCCAAAUGUCCCACGUCGAGAUGAUCCUGCCCAACGGUGACUUCUACGCCGGCCGGUGGGUCCGGGACCUCCCCGACGGCCAUGGAAAGUACUUGUGGACAGAUGGGUGUAUGUACGUCGGCGAAUGGAGUGAUGGGAAGCCGAUGGGCACUGGAAAGUUCAGCUGGCCGUCCGGAGCAACCUACGAAGGCGAUUUCAAGAGCGGCUUCAUGGAUGGGAAGGGAACGUUUACGGGUAGUUCGGGCGAUACGUAUAGAGGCAAUUGGGUUAUGAAUUUGAAGCAUGGCCAAGGGAUUAAGAGCUUUGCCAAUGGCGAUUACUACGAGGGAGAAUGGCGCCGCGGUUCGCAGAACGGGCAUGGCCGGUAUCAAUGGCGGAAUGGGAAUCAUUACAUUGGGAAAUGGAGGAAUGGGAAGAUCAAUGGCAAUGGGACGAUGAUUUGGAGGAAUGGGAAGCGUUAUGAUGGGUAUUGGGAGGAUGGGUUUCCAAAAGGAAAUGGGACAUUCAGAUGGUCAGAUGGGAGUUUUUAUGUUGGGAUUUGGAGUAAGAAUCCAAAAGAGCACUCUGGAACAUAUUAUCCAUCUGGGUCUACAGAUAACAAUUUGGAUUGGGAUCCUCAGGAGGUGUUUGAUGUAGACUUGGUUGACUGCCUGAUAUACCCAUGUGAAAAGGUUUCAAUAUUUCCUUCUGAGAAGCUGGUAAACAAGGGUGGAUCUGAAGGGGAGUUGUUGCAGAGAAAUUCAGUGGACAGCCAUAGUUUUGAAUCUGAUGUUGGUUCUAAGGAUGGGAGUGUCAGAAAUGGAGUGGAAGGAUCCAUGGAUGUUCCUACUCAAGAUUCAGAUGCCAAAGGAAAUGGACAGCAGCAGUUGAGAGUACAAUUGAAGGGACAGGGUGUGACAAUAUCUAAAGGCCAUAAGAACUAUGAACUUAUGCUAAAUCUUCAGUUGGGGAUCAGACAUUCUGCUGGAAGGCCUGCUCCUUCCUCUUCAUUUGAAUUGAAACCUUCAGCAUUUGAUCCAAAGGAGAAAUUUUGGACAAAAUUUCCACCAGAAGGAUCUAAGUGCACUCCACCUCAUCAAUCCUGUGACUUCAGAUGGAAGGAUUACUGUCCUGUAGUAUUCAGGACUCUUAGGAAGUUGUUCAACGUGGAUCCAGCGGAUUACAUGCUAUCAAUAUGUGGGAACGAUGCCUUACGGGAGCUUUCCUCCCCCGGAAAAAGUGGAAGCUUCUUUUACUUAACCCACGAUGACCGCUACAUGAUAAAAACCAUGAGAAAGGCUGAAGUAAAAGUUCUCAUACGGAUGCUGCCAGCAUACUAUAAGCACGUUGAAGACUUCAAAAACACUCUGGUUACCAAAUUCUAUGGUCUUCAUUGUGUGAAGUUAAGCAGUACUCAGAAAAAGGUGCGAUUUGUCAUCAUGGGGAACCUGUUUUGUUCGGAGCAUUCAAUUCACAGGCGAUUUGACUUGAAAGGUUCCUCCCUUGGUCGUACAACCGAUAAGCCAGAGUCAGAAAUUGAUGCAACCACAACCCUUAAAGAUCUCGAUCUAAAUUAUAUAUUUCGGUUGCAAAAGAUUUGGUUUGACGAAUUUUGCAGGCAAGUCGACAAGGAUUGCGACUUUCUUGAACAGGAGAGAAUUAUGGAUUAUAGUAUGUUGGUUGGUCUUCACUUUCGAGAAGCUUCGCAGAAGGAACAGAACAUGCCGAAUGGCCAUCAUUCUGUAAAUUUUACUCCCAAUGGAAAUAGUAACCAUGAUGGUGAAGCACAUUCAUGCUUAACUAGAAUGGCCUCUUCAAGGUGGGCUUCUACUAGUUUGGGAAUAAACAUGGAAGCAAAGGCUGAAAAGACCAUAAGAAAAAGUGAUUUGGAAGGCCAACUAAUUGGGGAACCCACAGGAGAGCUAUAUGAUGUUAUAAUUUUCUUUGGCAUAAUUGACAUUCUACAAGACUAUGACAUUAGCAAGAAACUUGAGCAUGCAUACAAAUCAAUGCAAUAUGACCCAACAUCAAUCUCCGCUGUGGAUCCAAAGCAGUACUCGAGACGGUUUCGUGAUUUUGUCUUCAGAGUUUUCUUAGAAGACACUUGAGAGCAAAGCGUAUUGAUUGACCAUAUUCUUCGGUUUCCAGCAGACGACAGCCGGGUCGAUGUUCUCUCAGUCUUAUGGCAAUGGGAUUGCUUGUCCAGCUGAGGAUUAUCUUUGGCUGUACACUGCCAGAUUCAUGUUUGGCCAAUUAGACUGUUUUUAAAAAACCAAGUUUGAGGUACAUUUUUUAUUUUAAACUAUAGUCAUAAGUAUCCAUUGUUCUAGUUUAAGUUAUAGAUUAAAGUUACGCAGAGAAAUUUCCUACUUACCAAUUUGUAAAUUUGUAU